AUGGAGCUGAAGAAGGACAGCAACACCGUGUCCAUCGACAUGCUGCUGAUCGUGCACUCGGAGAAACGGCGCGCCGCGCAGGGCACGCACUCGGAGCGGCAGGCGGACCCGGGCGCGCCGCCGCAGCGCAGAGGAGGACUCCAAGGCGGCGGAAAUGGAAUACAGAAAUGGCAGAAAAUAGAAGGAAACGGCCUGUAUGGAAACCUGGCAGAGAAGCAGCAUCCUCAGCAGACCCAGGUCAUCACUUCCUACGACAACCAAGCCUACCCCUGGGAUCGGUCCAGCCUGAAAUCCAUGCCCCUGGACCUGCAGCAGUUUGAGAAACUGGACACGUAUGCCUCACAGGUGACAGUCAAGAGUGGCCUGGAUGAGCUGGUGAACGACCUGCUCCAGGAGGCCCACAGUGACCUGGAGAGAGUCCGUGCCAUCUGGAUCUGGAUCUGCCACCAUAUAGAGUACGACAUCGAGGCUGCCCAGGAGAAGGACCGCCAGGCCUUCAAACCCAGCAACAUCCUGAAGACCCAGAAGACCAACUGUGAUGGCUACGCGGGGCUCUUUGAGAAAAUGUGCAGAAUCGCUGGAGUGCAGUGCAUGACGGUGCCCGGCUACUCCAAGGGCUUCGGCUACCAGACAGGGCAGAGCUUCUCGGGGGAGUUUGACCACGCCUGGAACGCCGUGUACCUGGAAGGGAGGUGGCACCUGCUGGACAGCACCUGGGGCAGUGGCCUGGUGGACACCACCACCUCCAAGUUCACCUUCCUCUACAAUGAGUUCUACUUCCUGACGCAUCCCGCUCUGUUCAUCGAGGACCACUUCCCAGACAACAAGAACUGGCAGCUGCUGAAACCCCCGCAGUCCCUGAGGCAGUUCGAGAACAACAUGUAUCACAAGAGUGAGUUCUACAACAAGGGGAUGCUGAGUGCCCACCCGGAGACUCCUGUGAUCCGAACAGUGAACGGGAAGGCCACAAUCACCGUGGAGAGCUGUGCCCCGACCCUGUUCAUGUUCAUGCUCAAUGGCAAGCAGGAGCACGGGCUGCUGAGACUCCAGCAGAACGGGAUGAAGCUGGAUGUCUACCCUCCCACCAUGGGCACCCACAAGCUGCAGAUCUUUGCCAAAGGCAACUCCGACAUCUACAGCUCCGUGCUGGAGUACACGCUCAAGUGUAACUACGUGGACGUGGGGGUGCGGCUGCCGUCGGAGCUGCACCAGCCCGUGGGCCCCAGCUGGUUCUCGGAGCAGAUGGGCAUCCGGAAGCCCUCCCACCCUGACCCCAUCAUCCACACCAGCGACGGGCGCUGCUCCGUCAGCUUCGGCGUGGAGGAGGGCAUCAGCGUCCUGGCUUCCCUGCACGGGGACGACGGCCCCAUCACCGAGGAGACGCAGCGGCGCUACAUCUUCCAGCUGCACCGGGAGAAGCGGACAGAGCUGAAAGUCCAGCUGCCCCGCGCUGGCAAGUUUGCCCUCAAGAUCUUCGUCAAGAAGAGGCAGGAGCCGGGCAACUAUGCCUUUGUCUUCAAUUAUCUCCUGUGCUGUUCCAACACCAAGGUGAACUGGCCCAUGUUCCCCGAGAGCUUUGGUAACUGGGGGCAGGACAACGAGCUGCUGGAGCCUCUGUCGGGUGUGCUUCCCGCCAACCGCAACGUCCCCUUCAAGUUGAAGCUGCACGGUGUCGCCAAAGCCCUGGUGAAGGGGCAGGACACGUGGCCCCUGACCCUGAACAGCGAGGGCUACUGGGAGGGCAGCUGCAGCACGGCCGGCUGCCAGGAAGUCUACGUCAUGGUGCUGGAGAACGCCAACCACAACUUCUAUUCCUACAUCCUGAAAUAUAAAGUGAACGACCAGUGA